GAGGUGCUCGGCAUUCUGCACGCGUCUGGACUGUACGUCGGUCGCAUUAUCCUUCUCUCAAUCUGCGACCUCUCGCCCUCUCCUUAUUGCCAAAAUGUCGCUGUCUAACAAGCUGACUCUGGACAAGCUGGACGUGAAGGGAAAGAGGGUCGUUAUGAGAGUGGACUUCAAUGUUCCUAUGAAGAAUAACCAGAUAACGAACAACCAGAGGAUCAAGGCUGCUGUCCCAAGCAUCAAAUUCUGUUUGGACAAUGGAGCCAAGUCAGUUGUCCUUAUGAGCCACCUGGGCAGGCCUGAUGGUGUUCCCAUGCCCGACAAGUACUCCUUAGAACCAGUUGCUGUAGAACUAAAAUCUUUACUGGGCAAGGAUGUUCUGUUCUUGAAGGACUGUGUGGGUCCAGAAGUAGAGAAAGCUUGUGCCAAUCCUGCAGCUGGGUCUGUUAUCCUGUUGGAGAACCUUCGCUUUCACGUCGAGGAAGAAGGGAAGGGAAAAGAUGCUUCUGGGAACAAGGUGAAAGCCGAGCCAGCCAAAGUAGAAGCUUUCCGAGCUUCACUUUCCAAACUAGGGGAUGUCUAUGUGAAUGAUGCUUUUGGCACUGCACACCGAGCCCACAGCUCCAUGGUGGGAGUCAAUCUUCCACAGAAGGCUGGUGGUUUUUUGAUGAAGAAGGAGCUGAACUAUUUUGCCAAGGCCUUGGAGAGCCCAGAGCGACCUUUCCUGGCCAUCCUAGGCGGAGCUAAAGUUGCAGAUAAGAUCCAGCUGAUCAAUAAUAUGCUGGACAAAGUCAAUGAGAUGAUUAUUGGUGGUGGAAUGGCUUUUACCUUCCUUAAGGUGCUCAACAACAUGGAGAUUGGCACUUCUCUGUUUGAUGAAGAGGGAUCCAAGAUUGUCAAAGACCUUAUGUCCAAAGCUGAGAAGAAUGGUGUGAAGAUUACUUUGCCUGUUGAUUUUGUCACUGCUGACAAGUUUGAUGAGAAUGCCAAGACUGGCCAAGCCACUGUGGCCUCUGGCAUACCUGCUGGCUGGAUGGGCUUGGACUGUGGUCCUGAGAGCAGCAAGAAGUAUGCUGAGGCUGUCAGUCGGGCUAAGCAAAUUGUAUGGAAUGGACCUGUGGGUGUUUUUGAAUGGGAAGCUUUUGCCCGGGGAACCAAAGCACUCAUGGACGAGGUGGUGAAAGCUACUUCCAGGGGCUGCAUCACCAUCAUAGGUGGUGGAGACACGGCCACUUGCUGUGCCAAAUGGAACACAGAGGAUAAAGUCAGCCAUGUGAGCACUGGUGGUGGUGCUAGUUUGGAGCUCCUGGAAGGUAAAGUCCUUCCCGGGGUGGAUGCUCUCAGCAAUGUUUAGUACUUUCCUGCCUUUUGGUUCCUGUGCACGGCCCCUAAGUCAUCUUAGCAUUGGCAUUAGCUAAAACCUCCCCCCACAUCAAGAUUCAGCUAGUGGCCAAGAGAUGUAGCACCAGGAACCCUUAAACAGUUGCACAGCAUCUCAGCUCAUCUUUACUGCACCCUGGAUUUGCCUAUAUUCUUCAAGAUCCCAUUUAAAUUUCUUAGUGACUAAACCAUCGUGCAUUCUAGAGUGCAUCUAUUUAUAUUUUGCCUGUUAAAACAAAGCGAACUGUGUUAGCUUAGUUUUCUUUUUGACGUAGCUUAUUUUGAUUAGCUUGUCACUGUUCACUACUUGGCAUGGAAACAAGA